UCCGCUCCAGUCAGAUGCAGAGAUACAUUAGUUUGCUAGGCCAAGAAGAAGCGCCCAAGAGCACUAGAAUUUUACAGAACGAGAAAGGAGGAGAGGUAGGGCGAUCGAUGGACAUGAGCGGGGAUACGUAUCACUAUCAGCCGGCGGGGAUGGAGGAGGAUGGUGUCGGCCGUGGCGAGCAGGUCCCGACGGCCGCGCCGGCGCUGAGCGCCAAUAAGCUGUGGCGCAUGGUGCGCGCCGUGCACCUCGUGCUCGUCAGGGGCCUCGGCAAGCACCAGCCCAAGCUCGCGGCGCUCGGCGUGAACCUGCACCACCUGCUGUCGUCGUCCAAGCGCCACCACCACCACCAUCUUCCGUCGGCGCGGGACCAGGAACCGGCGCUCACGACGUACCUGGCGGCGGCGUUCUCCUGUCGGUCCAUGGAUCCGGGCGCCGCGGUGCACCCGUACCCGCGCGGCCGCGGCGCGCACGGUGGCAGGGGCGGCGCGUCCUCGCUCUCGUCGACGCUGUCGUGCCGGUCCAUGGACCCCGGCGCGGCCGUGUACCAGCAGUACCAGUACCGGCCCCGCGAGGUUGAGUUCAGCUGCAGCAGCCCGCCGCUGCACAGGCGUCGCCGCCGCGCGCACCGGCACCAGGGCCAGAGCCUGCUCCCGCAACAGCAGCAUGGCGACCUUGCAGAGUACACGUCGGCUCCUGCCGUGAAGACGCUGUUCGAGCUGAUGGACGACGUGGAGGAGCAGGAGGACGACGACGUGGAGGGCGCGACGGUGCCUUGGCCGGCCGGGCGCGGCCCGGCGCCGCGGCAGGUGCGGAUCACGGACUCGCCGUUCGCGGCGAGGGCGGAGGACGACGAGGAAGGGCGCAAGGGCGCGGUCGACCGGCGCGCCGACGAGUUCAUCGUGUGGUUCCACGACCAGCUGCGCAUGCAGCAGCAGCAGCAGCGCCCCGCCGUGAGGGAUCGCGCUCGCGCCACGCACCGGGUUAGAUAGAUCGGAGCAAGAUCAGCAGUACAGUACACGCCAUGCAUGCGCGCAUGGACGCAUGAGUAAUCAUAAUAGUUUUUUUUUGCGGGGGAUAAUUCAUAGUAAUAGAUCGUUAUGCAUGCAAGUCGUAAUGUACAUGUGAGGUGUAAUUUCCUUGGAAUGGUGUUGGGUCGAUUUUG